AGAACAUCCUUCUCCCUACACCUCUUUUCUCUCUCAAAACCCUAAACCCUCUACUAGGUUGUCGUGCGGCCAACUCGUGCGGCGGCCAGCCUUGUUACGUGCUACCCAAAGGCGUAACAUCUGGUGCUCUCAUUCGUCGAUCUCCAUGUCUUCCGCCGAUCAACCCCAUUCCUCUUUGACGUUAAACGACGUCAUGCAUGCUAUUGAAGAGCUCGGCAAGGACUUGCAGGCAACGAAAUCUCGUGUCGCAGAAUUGGCGGAUUCCAGACGCCAUGCGUUCGGGGAAAAUCAGCGCCCUUUUUCCGCCGGCCACUCCGGGUGGCAGCCCCCAGCAUCCCGGACGACACCACCUACCUUGGAUCCGGCACCACGCAUGCGGGUCGAUGCCCCCCGUUUUAGUGGUGAGGACCCUACCGGUUGGAUUUUCCGAGUUCAAAAAUAUUUCGACUAUUUUCUCACCCCGGAACUGGAACGUUGGCAUUUGGUGGCUAUGUUAAUCGACCACCCGGCAUCGGAAUGGUUUCACUACUAUCAGGCCAACAAUCCUAUGGCAACAUGGCCGGAAUUUUUGGAUGCCGUACAACAGCGAUUUGAUCCUACAUAUUAUGAGAAUUAUGUAGGACUCUUAUCCAAACUGACACAAACGACGACAGUGCUGGCGUAUCAAUCUGAGUUCGAGACCAUCCUCAAUAAGGUCUCUGGUGUGCCCGAGCCGACGUUAAUUGCGAUGUAUAUCGCCGGUCUCAAGCAACCCAUUCGGCGAGAGGUGAACCUGCGCAACCCUACUACGCUCCCCAUUACUUUUGCUCUAGCAAGGGAGCUUUCGGCUUGUUAUUUGGAGGCGGCAGGAUCUGCAGGCAGAGAGUUUCGUCGUCCAUGGUCGUCGCGACCACCUGUCCCAUCCUCGGCAGGUCUGCUCCCCACCCCGGCUUCCUCGACUCGCCCUCCUCCGGUGCUUCCCUCUGGGCACAACAGCGAACCCACACCAAGACUGCCAGUGGUACGUCUCACCAACGCCGAGAAAACCGAACGUACGAAGAAGGGUCUGUGUUGGUAUUGUGACGAAAAAUGGAUCCCCGGUCACAAUUGUAAACAUCGGUUUUUGCUCUUAAUGGGACCAGAUGACGACGACGACGAGCAGGUGGACUGCCCGAAUAACCCCAGCAGUGACGACCUCAUUACGGCGGAUAUUUCUAGCAUGCACGCCCUAGCAGGAAGCCCAAAUCCGCGUGCUUUAAAGGUGGCAGGUACGGUGAAUGGGUCGGCAGUUCAGGUGCUCCUGGACAGUGGGAGUACCCAUAAUUUCAUCCACCCGGGAGUGGCGGAACGUCUUCAAUUGGUCCUCGAUCCAGUAACAUCCUUUCGUGUAUACGUCGGCAACGGUGAUUCUCUCCGGUGCGCCUAUGCUUGCCCCCAAACGGCUGUUUCGUUGCAAGGCCAUGAAUUCCUUAUUGAUUUAUAUCUUCUGGAGAUUCAUGGCACCGACAUGGUUCUUGGGGUUCAAUGGUUGCAGACGUUGGGCAAGGUGUCCCACGAUUAUGCUCAAAUGACGAUGGAAUUUGUGUGGCAAGGCAAACCCAUCACCUUACAGGGCGACACUAUCCCUCCCCGGCCGAUGUCUUAUGGGCAAUUCUGUACCAUGGUGGCCUCGUCUACGUCGUGGGCUCUAUAUGAAUUGAUUGUUUCGCAAGCUGAGAAGGCACCGCCCGAUGAGACGGUCAUGGAAGUUUCGGACGAUGUUCCAGCGUCGCUUCGGGCCAUUCUCCUUGAGCACGCUGGAGUUUUUGGCUUGCCCACUGGAUUACCACCGGCACGUGAUUGGGAUCAUCGUAUUCAUUUGGUGGCUGCCGGCCUACUCCAACCUUUGCCAAUUCCGGACCGGGUUUGGGAUUCGGCUUCUAUGGACUUCAUAACCGGCCUGCCCACAUCGCAAGGAUUCACUGCUAUUAUGGUCGUGGUGGAUAGGCUAAGCAAAUAUGCUCACUUCGGGCCCUUGCCGACAGGUCAUCAUGAGGGAAUUGGCAUGUCCCCCUUCAAGGCUCUUUAUGGUAGGGAUCCACCGCUGCUAUUUUCCACUCUCUCUGUUCGAGCACGCACACCGGAAGUCGAGGCGGUCUUGCAAGAACGGGCUGAUUUGCUAAAUGAUUUGAAAGCUCACUUGUCGAAAAUGCAGAACCGUAUGCGGGCCAAAGCAAAUAAGCACCGUAGAGACGUCUCCUUCGCCGUGGGUGACCGAGUGUUGCUCAAACUCCAGCCUUAUCGACAACACUCAGCGGGGCGUCCCCUCUCUGCUAAGUUGGGGCGUCGCUACUACGGCCCUUUCAAAAUUCUUGAGCGUGUUGGAUCAGUGGAUUAUCGCUUUCGUUUACCAGAAGGGUGCCGUAUCCACGAUGUCUUUCAUGUGUCUCUUCUCCGCCCAUUUGUUAGUCGGCCAGACAGUGCUCCUAAUCCUACAUUGCCAGAUAGCUUCUUUAAGGGUCGGCCCAUAUCUGUCCCUGUUACAGCCCUUCAAAGUCGCAUGAUUUUGGUGGAUGGCACCCCACAACACCAAUGGCUGAUUCGGUGGUCGGACGAUGCCGACGGGGGUUUAACGUGGGAACCAGUAGAGGCUCUGUUGCGCCACUUUCCGAAUCUUCGCCUUGAGGACAAGGCGGACGUUAACCCGGGGGGAGUUGUUACGGGUGAUACGAAUAAAGCCCAAGGCCUUUGGUGUUCGCCCCGGGUUCGCCUCGUUCAGGCGUACCCCGCAGGUGCUUCCUUGCAGCCCGGUGGGGCUGCAAUAAUGCUGAUGCAAACUAUAAAAAUAAAAUUAUAAAGGGAACAUUGCAUCUAAAAAGAUCCACUCGCUUAAUAUUCGAGGAAGCUCCCAAACUUUUCGGUUCUUUACCUCGAUGCUUUUUUUUGAACCGACAGGUUAGAUAAUUAAUUAAUUAGGGUUAGGGAA